GCAGUAUUUCCAAAAAGGAUCGACCUUGUCGGCUCGGCGCUGGCUUUUCGACCAUACCGUUGUCCGGUGCCCCCCGGAAAGCGGCCUGGCGCGGCGCCACCAUGUUCGCAGCCAUUGCGUUCAUGGGUGUCGUGUUUUGGAUUGCACGUUCGUAGAUGUUGUGCUCUUCUUGACAUGGCGUUGAACAGUCUUCGUGGAAUUCAAACACUGGCGUCCACUUGGGCAUUUGAGCUAAGAAUGGUUGAGGGCGGGUUUUCCUCAGUCGGCUUCUAGGCUUGCUCUUCCUCCAGGAGAUCCGACCGCUGGUCGGCACCGACCAUGUUGUGAAGUGGCCGCUCCAUGAGGACUCGGACAUCCCCACGUUCCUCGAGGCCAAGAGCCAGUUGAACGAGGCAUUUGCAGAGAAGGUGAUAAAGUUCACCGUGCCGAAGGGUUUGAUGCCACCGAAGUGGCGGCCCAAGAAAGUCAAGAUCCUUGCCAAGGGUGCCAAGAUGGCGAAGUACUUCGGCGAGGACACUGUGGGAACCCGGCAGGUGGAGGUCUCGCUCAAGCUGUUCGACUGCGGCCACUUCUACCUCAAGCAGUCGCUUCCUGGCUCUGGCGCCCUCCCCUACCAGAUCGUCUUCGAGGGGAGGUGGACGGAGAGCGACCGGGGCUUCAAGCUGAAGUACCACCUCCGCUACACGGGCCAGACGGGCAAGAGUACCGAGGUCGACAGCGCCGUGCAGGCGCUGCCCCCGAACCAGGAGAGCAUGCUGGCGGCCGGCGAGGCCGAGCUCAAGAGCCAACUCAACGGUUUGGUCCCGGCGAUCGCGGGCGAGGACCAGUGGGCCCGGGUUGAGAUCUACCGCGAGCCCGACGUCGUGGAGGACGUGAAGGCUCGCUUCAACGACGAGGCCCUGGACCCUCCCUCGUGGAAGGACCCAACACCAAGAAUUCGGCCAAGAGCAAUCAGGCCGCCAGAGGACAACGUGCCCGCGAGGGCCGCGGAGACCGCGGAGGCCCGCGUCUCGAAGGAGGAGCACGAGGAGGUCUCGCACGAGCCCGCCGCCGGCCGCACCGCCGCGCACGGCGGGGCGGCGGCGGCGGCCGAGCUCGGCAAGGACGAGGAGCCGAUGUGGCCAUUGUUGGUCGGCCUGGCCUUCUUCGUGCUCCUGUUCGCCGCGUUCACGUGGCUGAACUGGGAGGAGGGCAGGGCAGCGGAGGCUUCGUCCAAGGACGAGUGGUGA